AUGACCCCUCUUCGCCGCAGCUGCAGCAGAGCGUCCAGCGGCUUCUUCUCCCUCGCCCUCCUCCGCAACCACCGUCCGCCUCCAGCUUCAGCUUCAGCGUUACGAUCACCGUCAAAGGCUCUCCAUCGGCAUUUCUCGAGUAGUGGUAGCAAGCUGAACUCCGGAGCUAUGGAUACCCAGACGAAGCACCAGUACCUGGCCGACUCUCCGCCAACGAUUGUGAGGCUUGAGAUACGGCCUCACUUUGAGGCUCUGAAGGACGAGAAGCUCAAGAGAUACUCUCAUUUCAUCAGCAGGGCUGCUUUCCAGGGAACCAGAAUCACUCUCCGUCAAGUCUCCCCCGAAUCCGAACCGAUAUACGACCUUAUAUUAUCUCUCUACAACUCCUGCAAGGGAGACUGGAAGGGGCUGGCUGCGAAGACAAACACAAGCUCUGAGAACCUGCAGUUUUUCCUUGAGUAUGCCGCGCAGUUCCUGGGGAACUGUGGAAACUACAAGGGGUUUGGCGACUCCAAGUUUAUCCCCAGGAUCCCGUCUGAUGCUUUCGAGGCUCUGGCUUCGGGCUCGCCGGAGACGAAGAAGCUUUUCGAGCUUGCGUGCAAGACCGGAGGAGGGAUAUAUGAGACUGCGUCGCCAGAUCUGAUGCAUCUGGGAUACCCCGAGAAGGGCCAGAUGACGACGUAUUACCCGGAUUCUCCAACGAUUACCAAGGAAGAGAUCACUUUGAUCGGUGAUUUCCUAGAGAAAAAGCAGCUUCUACUGGAAAACACGAGACUCAGAAAGACCAAGGAGGGUAACUUUGAGCUGUUGAUUGCGUCGGCGGAGACAUCGCCGGCUGGCAAGGACAGAGAUGUUGGAGAUGUUCAGGGAUGGGAUCUUGAAGGCAAGCUUGCCGGCAAGAAGCUUACGCUUGUGUACGGUGACUAUUCCGAGGUCAUGAAGAAGAUUGCAGAGAGCAUCAAGCAGGCCGGCGCGAACUCGGCAAACGAGAUACAAAGGAAGAUGCACGAGGAGUACUUCAAGUCGUUUACCACCGGGUCGAUAGAGGCCUACAAGGAGAGCCAGCGUUACUGGAUUCGGGAUAUCGGCCCCAUGGUAGAGUCUGACAUUGGCUUUGUCGAGACCUACCGCGACCCUCACGGCGUUCGAGGCGAGUGGGAAGGCUUUGCAGCAAUGGUGCGUAUCUGCCCAGCGAUUGUCCGAAUGCACUUCUACGUUUUACUGACUGCUAUCGUCAACCUGGAGCGGACCAAGGCGUUCAGCAAGCUGGUUGAGAAUGCCGAGAAGAUGAUCCCCAAGCUGCCCUGGGGCAAGGAAUUUGAGAAGCAGACCUUCUUGAGUCCCGACUUUACCUCGCUCGAAGUGAUGAGCUUUGCAGGCAGCGGCAUCCCCGCUGGGAUUAACAUCCCCAACUACGACGACAUCCGCCAGAACCUGGGGUUCAAGAACGUGUCCCUGGGCAACGUGCUGAGCGCAAAGGCACCUAACGAGCCAGUCCCUUUUAUCCGCGAGCAGGACCUGAGCCUGUUCCGUGAACACCGCGACGCCGCGUUUGAAGUGCAGGUAGGUAUCCACGAGCUGCUCGGCCAUGGCACGGGCAAGCUGCUACAGGAGACCAGCCCCGGCAAAUACAACUUUGACGUCUCCAACCCGCCGGCGAGUCCGAUUGACGGCAAGCCCAUCUCGACCUGGUACAAGCCCGGCCAAACCUGGAGCUCCGUCUUUGGAUCGAUUGCCUCUUCGUACGAGGAGUGCCGGGCCGAGUGCGUGGCCAUGGCUCUGGGCUGCGACUUUGGCAUCCUGCAGCUGUUUGGCUUUGGCGAUGGCAAGGAGGACAUCAACGGCGUGGCAGGCGACGUCCUGUACGCCAGCUACCUGCAGAUGGCGCGCGCCGGCGUCGUCGCCCUCGAGUUCUGGGACCCCAGCAGCAAGAAAUGGGGCCAGGCACACAUGCAGGCGCGGUUCAGCAUCCUGCGAGUCUUCCUGGAGGCCGGCGACGACUUUGUGCGCCUGGUGCACGCGAAGGACGACCUCUCGGACCUGGAAAUCCACCUCGACCGGUCGAAGAUCCUCAGCCACGGCCGGCCAGCGGUCGAGCGGUACCUCCAGAAGCUGCAUGUGUACAAGAGCACCGCGGACUUUGCGGCCGGCAAGGCGCUCUACGACGAGAGCACCCACGUCGACGACUGGUGGGGGACCAAGGUGCGUCCGGUCGUGCUGCAGAAGAAGGUCCCGCGCAAGGUCUUUGUGCAGGCCAACACCGUCCUGGAGGGCGACCGGGUGGUGCUGAGGGACAUCUCCAAGGCUGUCUCUGCUGCCUCUGCUGCCUCUGCUGUCUCUGCUGUCUCUGUUGUCCCAAAUCACCAUCCUCCCAUCGCCAUCCCAAGGUGUCCCAUCAAUGUCUCUGCUGCCUCUGCUGCCUCUGCUGUCCAUCCCAUCACCAUCCCAUCGCCAUCCCAUCACCAACUGUCUCUGCCACGCCAACAACGCUUGCUCGACUUGCUCGACUUGCUUUCUCUAUUCAUCGUCUCUUCCUAUUGUCGCGGCUCCUUUUAUUGA